UCAUGCUGCUGCCAGGUCCAGAGUCUCUCAUGGGUCCCUGUACGGCCUCCCCAUUGCUGCUGUCUCCAUCGCCACACUCUGCCAUGUGCCACUUUCAGGUCUCCUCACACUGCUGGUGUGUUCCAUUUUUUGUCAUAGGGUGCUGGCAGAUUACGGGCCUCCCAUAGCUGCUGCCAGGCCCCUAAUCUGCCAUGGGCCCCUUUACCGCCUCCUCAUGCUGCUGCCAAGUCCAGAGUCUCUCAUGGGUCCCUGUACGGCCUCCCAUUGCUGCUGUCUCCAUCGCCACACUCUGCCAUGUGCCACUUUCAGGUCUCCUCACACUGCUGGUGGGUUCCAUUUUUUGUC